CGGUAUAAAAAGGCUCUGCCCGGGGACCGCACCGCACUUCCCGAACAAGCUGUCUUCCCGAGUUCAUCCGAGACGAGCAAAGAUCCGCGCAACCAUGUCUCUCCCAACGGCUCACGACCUUCACAUCUUCGGCUCCGUCAAUGGCGCGGAGUUCGACCUGGUGGGAGGCGGAAAGGGCAACCCGAACGAUGGAACGCUGGAGACCAGUGUGAAAUCCACCCGGGGCGCCCUGCCCUGCUCCCCGCUGCUGAUCGGACCCAACCUGGGGUACGGCUUCUACCAGUACCUGCCCUUCCCUGGCGGCGCCUCACCCUUCCAAACCGCCAUCACGGACGGAGGUUACCAGGUUCACCGUGUGUUCAAGUUUGAAGACGGCGGAGUGCUGAAUUGCAACUUCCGCUACACCUACGAGGGCGGCAAGAUCAAAGGGGAGUUCCAGCUGAUCGGGUCAGGUUUCCCUGCCGGCGGUCCUGUGAUGUCCGGCGGACUGACCACCCUGGACAGGAGCGUGGCCAAACUGCAGUGCUCGGACGACUGCACCAUCACCGGCACUAACAACUGGAGCUUCUGCACCACCGAUGGGAAGCGCCAUCAGGCGGAUGUGCAGACGAACUACAUCUUCGCCAAGCCGCUCCCGGCCGGUCUGAAGGAGAAGAUGCCGAUCUUCCUGGGGCACCAGAUCGAGGUCAAGGCGUCCAAGACCGAGAUCACCCUGUGCGAGAAAGUGAAGGCCUUCAUCGACACUGUGUGAAGUUCAAGGGCACCGAACGACUGUGUUAAGUCUA